AUGUUGAUACGAACCGCAGAAGAAUUAUGUAACGACGAAAGCUGUCCGUCUGCCCGUCGCCGAGGAACUUUUUUAAAGAAGUCCGCAACGGAUAUCGAGAAAUUCUUAUUCGAAUCUGCUCAGCAAUCCCUGUUCGAUGACCUAUGGCAUAAAGCGAACAGCGCUGUCUUCGGCG